UGAACGCAACUGGCUCUGACUGGACGCGAUCAGUCAUAAGUAUCAACUUACAUUCAUUAUCGGCCUUACAAUCAUUAAGUGUGUGCGCGGCUUAACUAAGACACAUUUUGAUCGUUCAAAGAAUAUGUAGAAAUAAUGUUUUCAUAACUUAGUAUCAAGACAUUCUUAGAGCACAUGUUGUUAACUGGGAUAUGUGCUGAAAUGAACUCACUGUAAAUUACUUGUAAUUAAAGCAUCUGCUAAAUGCAGAAAUGUAAUAUUAAUGUAAUGUUCCCAGUGUUUCCAUAUACAGGGAAGAUGUCAGACUCUGAGACGAGGAAGAGAAAGAGAUCUUCAUCUCCAGAUCCCAGCGGUGUGUCUCUGAAGAGCAAUCAAUCCAUGGGUCAUCCUCCUAAAUUCAGUGAUGGAGCACUGACCUCUGACCCCAGUAUCUUCAGGAAGAGAUCUUCAUCUCCAGAUCCCAGCUGUGUGUCUCUGAAGAGCAAUCAAUCCAUACAUCAUCCUCCUGAAUUCAGUGAUGGACCAGUGACCUCUGACCCCAGAGAUGAUCAGGCUGGAGACCAGGAUUCUCCUCAAGCAGUAGAUGAUGAACUCCAGAGAGUCAAAGAGCAGCUCAAAACCAGCAUGAAGAACAAGUAUGAGAGAUUAUUUGAGGGACUGAACCUCCAGGAGAAUGAAACCCUCCUGAACAGGAUCUACACACAGCUCUACAUCAUAGAGGGAGAGAGUGAAGGAGUGAAUGAAGAACAUGAGGUUUUACAGAUGGAGAAAACAGCCAGAACACAACACUCACAAGACACUCCAAUCGACUGCAAUGACAUCUUUAAAGCCUCACCUGAACCAGGACAUGAGGAGAAACACCAGAUCAAGACUGUUCUUACUAAUGGCAUCGCUGGAAUCGGAAAAACCGUCUCUGUGCAGAAGUUCAUUCUGGACUGGGCCGAGGGAAAAGACAAUCAGGAUGUAGAUUUCAUGUUUGUGCUUCCAUUUCGAGAGCUGAACUUGAUCCGAGAUCAUCAGUACAGUCUUCACAGACUUCUGCUGGACUUUCAUCCUGAACUUCAAGAUCUGGACUCAAAGAUUUAUGAGGAGUGUAAAGUUGUGUUCAUCUUUGAUGGUCUGGAUGAAAGCAGAAUCACACUGAUGUUUUCAGAUGAUGAGGAAGUUUCUGAUGUGACUGAGACUUCAUCAGUGGGUGUGUUGAUGUCAAAGCUCAUGACAGGAGAGCUGCUUCCCUCUGCUCUCAUCUGGAUCACCUCCAGACCAGCAGCAGCCAAUCAGAUCCCCUCCAAAUACAUCAACCGUCUGACAGAGAUUCAGGGAUUCAAUGAGCCUCAGAAGGAGGAAUAUUUCAGGAAGAGAAUCAGUGAUGAGCAUCAAGCCAGCAGAAUUAUCUCACACAUCAGAAGAGCAAGAAGCCUCCACAUCAUGUGCCACAUACCCGUCUUCUGCUGGAUCUCAUCCACUGUGCUUCAGAAGCUCCUGAAAGAAGAUCUGAGUGCAGAAAUUCCUCAAACUCUGACUGAAAUGUACGUCCACUUCCUGCUGAUUCAGAUCAACAUGAGGAAUCAGAAGUAUGAAGAGAGAGAUCCAGAGAAUCUGCUGCAGUCCAACAGAGAAGUGAUUGUGAAACUUGCUGAAGUGGCUUUCAAUCAGCUGAUGAAGGGCAAUGUGAUGUUCUAUGAGGAGGACCUGAGAGAGAGCGGCAUAGACGUCACUGACGCCUCAGUGUAUUCUGGGAUGUGCACUGAGAUCUUUAAGGAGGAAUCUGUGAUUCAUCAGAGGAAAGUCUACAGCUUCAUUCAUCUGAGCUUUCAGGAGUUUCUCGCUGCUUUCUAUCUGUUUUAUUCACAUGUGAUCAAGAACAAGAAACCACUGGAUGAAUUCAGAUUUUACAGAUCUGAUAAAGUCUCUCUGCAUGAUCUACUAACAUCAGCAGUAGAUAAAGCCGUUGAGAGAGAGAAUGGACAGCUGGAUCUGUUCCUGCGGUUCCUGCUGGGCGUCUCACUGGAGUCCAAUCAGAGACUCUUACAGGAUCUACUGACACACACAGAGAACAGCUCAAAGAGCAUCAGGAAAAUCACACAGUACAUUAAAAAGAUGAUCAAAGGUGAAAAUAGACUCUCCACUGAAAGAUCUAUCAAUCUGUUUCUCUGUCUGCUGGAAGUCAAAGAUCAGUCUCUGUCCAGAGAGAUUCAGGAGUUUGUGAAAUCAGACAAACACUCAAAGAGAAAACUCUCUCCGUCUCACUGCUCAACAAUCUCCUACAUGAUUCAGAUGUCAGAGGAGCCGCUGGAUGAGCUGAACCUCAUGAAAUACAACACGUCAGAUGAGGGGAGAAGAAAACUGAUACCAGCUGUGAUCAACUCCAGAAAAGCUCUAUUUUCUGGCUGUAAUCUCUCAGAUCAGCAUUAUAAAAUUGUGUCUUCAGCUCUACAAUCCUCAAACUCUGUCCUGAGAGAGCUGGAUCUGAGUAACAAUGACCUAAAGGACUCUGAUGUCAACUUCAUUUCUGAUGGUCUGAAGAGUCCAAACUGUCAGCUGCAGAUCCUGAGUCUUGCUGGCUGUAAUCUCUCAGACCAGCAUUGUGAAAUUGUGUCUUCAGCUCUACAAUCCUCAAACUCUGUCCUGACAGAGCUGGAUCUGAGUAACAAUGACCUACAGGACUCUGGUCUCAACUUAAUUUCUGAUGGACUGAAGAGUCCAAACUGUCAGCUGCAGAUACUGAGGUUGUCUGGCUGUAUGGUGACAGAGGAAGGCUGUGGUUAUGUGUCUUCAGCUCUGAGUUCAAACCCCUUACACCUGAGAGAGCUGGAUCUGAGUUACAAUCACCCAGGUCAAUCAGGAGUGCAGCUGCUCAACCACAAACUGGAGGAUCCAAACUAUAAACUGCAGAUACUCAAUGUGGACCAUGGAAGAGAGGUCAUGAUGACAGCAGGACUACAAAAGUAUGCCUGUGAUCUCACACUGGAUCCAAACACAUCACACACUCGACUCAUUCUGUCUGAUGAGAACAGGAAGGUGACACGUGUGGAAGAGGAUCAGCCGUAUCCUGAUCAUCCAGGGAGAUUUGAUGAGUAUCCUCAGGUUCUGUGUAGAGAGAGACUGACUGGACGCUGUUACUGGGAGGCUGAAUGGAGCGGAAAUAGAGCUGAAAUAUCAGUGACAUAUAAAAGAAUCAGCAGGAAAGGAGGGAGUGACUGUGAGUUUGGAUACAAUGACAAAUCCUGGAGUCUGUACUGCUCUGAUAGAGGAUUCACUGUCUGCCACAAUAAGAACAGAACUGAUAUACCUGCUGACCAUUCAUCCUGUAAUAGAGCAGGAGUAUAUGUGGACGUGUCGGCCGGCACCCUGUCCUUCUACGGUGUCUCUGACACACACACACUCACACACUUACAUACACUCAACACCACAUUCACUGAACCCCUCUGUGCUGGAUUUAGUGUUUAUUCCUCAGUGUCUCUGUGUGAUAUUAAAGGAUAGAGAGACACUCUGUAAAUACUCUUUCUGAUCUUUACACACACUCAUCAAAUCUCACUUCAUUACAUUUGUAUUAAUUAGUGGUGGGCCAUUAUCGGCAUUAACAUGCUGCGUUAACGUGAGACUCUUAUUGGGCGAUAAAAAAAAUAUUGCCGUUAAUCUAUUCUCAAAGUUGGGUUGGGAGCUACGCAAGCUAUGAUGACUUUCACCUUGAUAUUUUAGCACGGAUGUAUACCUAGCCGAAUUGACCCUUCGCAAAGACCCGCCCCCCUUAGUUACUGUUGCUUUGUCUGUCAAGCCGUGGCGCUGUGACGCCACACAGUGAUAAAUGCAUCACGGAGCAAAGAGGACACUGACAACACGUCG